UCUGCAGAAUGCACCAACGAUGACAGCUGGAGAAUGGAGUGGAGGCCUUGGAGCGGCGCUGGCGGCGAUGGAUGGGGCGGAGAGCGAUCUCAGGCUUCUUGGGUCACACUCCGAAGCCCGGGGGAAAAGCGGGUGUUUUCCAGGUGUGAAAGGCAUAUAACUAUUUUAUCAGAUGGUCCAGAAGAGUUACCUGAAACAGAUGAGCCUGUUUGGAUCUUGGGGAAGCAGUAUGACCUUCAAGCAGAAAAAUCAAAGCUUUUGUCUGAUAUAAGUGCUCGUCUCUGGUUUACGUACCGAAGGAAAUUUUCACCAAUAGGAGGAACAGGCCCAUCAUCAGAUUCUGGCUGGGGGUGUAUGCUACGCUGUGGACAAAUGAUGCUGGCCCAGGCCCUCAUCUGCAAGCACCUGGGAAGGGACUGGUGUUGGGAGAUGCAACAAGAACAACCUGAAGAGUAUCACCGAAUCUUACAGUGCUUCUUAGACAGGAAAGACUGCUGUUAUUCUAUCCAUCAAAUGGCACAAAUGGGCGUAGGAGAAGGAAAAUCGAUUGGUGAAUGGUUUGGACCAAAUACAGUUGCACAAGUGUUAAAAAAACUUGCUUUAUUUGACGAAUGGAAUUCCUUGGCUGUUUAUGUUUCAAUGGAUAACACAGUGGUCAUCGAAGAUAUCAAAAAACUGUGCCACAUGUGCCCUUCCCACCUGACCCACGACAGUUCUCCCAGUCCUGGGAAUGGCCUUGACCAGAGUACACAUCUUCCUGAGCCUAGCCCUGGCUGGAAGCCUCUUCUGCUUAUUAUACCCCUUCGCUUGGGCAUAAACCAAAUUAACCCUGUCUAUAUUGAUGCAUUUAAAGAGUGUUUUAAGAUGCCACAGUCUUUAGGUGCAUUAGGAGGAAAGCCAAAUAGCGCUUAUUAUUUCAUAGGAUUUUUGGGAAAUGAGCUCAUCUACCUGGAUCCUCACACCACUCAAACUUUUGUGGACUCUGAGGAAGAUGGAACAGUGGAUGACCAGAGUUUUCAUUGCCAGCAAUCCCCACAUCGAAUGCAGAUUUUGAACUUGGACCCUUCGGUUGCAUUGGGAUUCUUUUUCAAAGAAGAAGAAGAUUUUGAUAAUUGGUGUAGGCUCGUUCAGAAGGAGAUCCUAAAGCCACAGAGUUUACAGAUGUUUGAGCUGGUUCAGAAGCAUCCAGCCCACUGGCCUCCAUUCAUACCUCCAACCAAACCAGAAGUGACAACUACAGGUGCAGAACUCAUUGAAUCCACCAAUAACCUGUCUGAACUGGAAGAAGACUUUGAGAUUUUGAGUAUGUGAAGUAGUGCCAUCCAGCCUGUGUCCACCACCUGGCACCACAUUGCAGAGAACCUUUCUAGCCAGAGUGCCUGAAUCACCAACAGCACAGAACUCAAUUUCAAUCUAAACUGAAUCAGUUACUCUUUUUGCUAUGAGCUCUAUCCUUAGAGAGAGAGAAGUUGAGUGAGUGACACAGAGGGAGAGAGGGGGAGAGAGAGAGAGGGAGAGACAGAUGGAGAGAAAGAGAGAAAGAGAGAGAGAGAGAGAGAGAGAGAGAGAGAAAGCAUGAAAAAGAGGGCAAUAAUCCUGCUGUCAGAUAGUAAUCAAGCAGAACCACAUGGUGCUUCUCAGUCUGAUUUUAGAGACAGUGAACCUACAGUUAAUGGUCUGGAUGUACAGAGUAAAACUCCAGUCAUUUCAGAACCAGUUAGUGGGAGAUAGUUCCUCUCUCUCUCUCUCUCUCUCUCUCUCUCUCUCUCUCUCUCUCUCUCUCUCUCUCUCUCUCUCUCUCUCUCUCUCUCUCUGUUUUUCUCUCUCUCCCUUUAUAACAUGUCUCUUUACAUACAGACAAUUCUGGUUUUUCCUUUGGGGUUGCAUCUUGGGAAGCAAUUGCUUAUAAAAUUAAAUUGUCUGGAUCAGGAAAAACAGAAGGUCUUGUUAAAUUAUUUUAAUAGGCACUUUGAAUAAUGAUAAUUUUGUAUGAAAACAUUUCUAUCAAGGGAAUUAUGGCAAAUGGACACUUCUUACAACCUCCUUCCUGUUUGGGAGAAGCUUGCUUGCUGCUGUGCCACUCUCACUAUUUCCCCUCCACAUCCCUACUCCACCAUCAUGGCUGCAUAUGAUACAUUUCACCCUGACCUCAAGUUGAAUCAGGAUCUUUUUGCCUUGCUGAUUUUGUUUCUAUAAAUAAAGAGUCAAAAAGUGGUUUGUGCUUUUAA